AUGAAAUAUGAGUUAUGUUGCUACAAAAAAUCGGCAGUUCAUGUGAUGCUUGUGCUGUUAUUUAUUGUAUUAGCAUACUGUGCCGAUGCGCAAGAAUAUCGAUCGUUGGAUGGAACAGGAAAUAACUGGAUUAAUCCUUCGGCGGGAGCGAUUCUACAACCUUACAAACGACUGAAAACCGUAAAUACGUUUUACAGCGAUGCCAAUCGAACGAUGUUACAGACUCCAGCAACUCCAGCGAGUUGUUCUUCCACAUUGGCAACAAGUGUUUACCCUUUACCUCGAUGCGUUUCAAACCUUAUUUCGAGAUAUGGUAUGCCAUCGUACGACCCGGCUACAGUGUCCUUCAGUUCAAAGAGGAAAAUUAGCCAUAUGGUAACAUUUUUCGGCCAAUUCAUAGUCUUUGAUAUAGUCAGAACGCUAAGGGUAUUCAAUGGAGACAAGAUAUAUAUACCAACAGAUGAUGCCACUUACCAAGUACCCGACUCUGCUGCAGCCAAACUAUCUACUUUCACUUCCUUACCUUUCAAUCGGUCAGCCAACAAUUCACCGCCAUCGCCCGAUGCAGUCGGAACGAACCAAGUUUCUGUCUUUCUUGAUCUCAAUCAAAUAUACGGUGAAAGUCCGGAAAUAUCGAAUCAAUUACGCGAUCAAGGAAGUGGAUGCGGAAAGUUGAAAACGAGUAAUGGGUCGAAUUUUCCUGCAUUCGAUAAUAAUACAUCAAAGUUUAUUACUGGAGGACCUGUAACAUCACAGAACAUCUUUACGUUAGCAAUUACUUCCGUUUGGAUCGGCGAGCAUAAUCGUAAGUGUGAUGAGUUGUACUCGGAACACGGAACAGCAUGGGAUGAUGAGAAAUAUUUCCAAGAGGCGAGGCGAUGGACGAUUGGGCUGUAUCAAAAGGUAGCAACUGAAGAAUAUCUUGGAGCCAUACUUGGUAAACCAUUGCUACCAUACCAAGGUUAUAAUGAGCAACUUGUACCAGCAAUCGAUGCGUUUUUCCUAACAGUGACUCUGAGAUAUGGUCACUCGGAAAUCAGCAAUACAUACAAUAUGCAAAAUAUGUACGGAGAAGUGGUAGCUACUAUCCCACUGUCCCAUAUCCAAGAUCACACGCUUCUCCCUAAAUUCGGUCUUGCUGAAGCACUUCGCUCAAUGGCUACGCAGACUCAACAACAAGUCAGCACAUUCGUUCCUGAUGAAGCAAGAGGAUAUCAAAAUCCGUUUGGCGAUUAUUUCGACGUUCCCGCGUGGGACCUGAAUAGAGCACGGGAUUUUGGUAUCCCAUUAUAUAAUGACAUGAGAGCGGCGUUUGGUUUGUCUAAGCAGACUAAUUGGUCUGGGAUUACUUCUAAUGAUGUUGUAAAAACACGACUUCAGAAUACUUACGGGAGCAUAGACAGGUUGGAAGCAUAUAUUGGUGCAUUUAGUGAAGAUCCCCUGGAUGGAUCCAAUUUUGGCGAGUUGUUGGCUAUGAGUAUACUCGAUCAGUAUUCCCGCCUGCGCGACGCCGAUCGUUUUUGGUACGAAAAUACCUUUACCGAUGAAGAAAAAGUACAAGUUCGUAACACGACAUUUCGUGAUUUGAUUAUGCGACAUGCAGUAGUCGACGGUAAAGAUCUUUUUCCCACGAGCAUCUGGAGUUUCCAAAGUGACAGCACACUGCCAAACGCUGUAAUUGACUUUGACAAGGCCCAAUAUCCAUUUGGAAUCGAACAGUCGUGGCCUGAAUAUUUAAUAAGAUGGGGCUUCCAAGAUGACGAUAUAAAAUUUAUGGUUGAUUUUGGCGCGCUUAAUGGAUGGUUUGGUAUGGGCUUUGGUUCUGAAGACGGCGGAAUGAAGGGUGCCGAUUUCAUUAUCGCAACUGUAAAAAAUGGAAGUGCGACAGUUGCAAAUUAUAUAUCGUUGGGAUAUACAGUACCACAGCUUGACAGUCAUCAGGAUGUGAAAUUUAUUGGGACUACUCCAUCAGCGUCAUCAGUCAAAGUUGAGUUCGCAAGACCACUUGCGGCUAGCUGGUCUAAUAGAAAGGAAAUUAAACGGGGCAAUAUGCCAUUUAUUAUGGCAUAUGGCACUAAUACGGACGUUAUCACUUAUCAUAUGAGCAACCGUCGUUCAAUGGAAGUUGACUUCUUCACGGCUCAAUCUGUUACUUCAACUUACUAUAAGCAACGUCAGAUAAGAUUGGCUCAUGGAAUUGGAAUGAUUAUUGCUUGGAGUUUUAUUUUCCCCAUAUCUAUUUUCGUAGUACGUUUCUAUAAACAUACCUUUGGCUAUCUUCAGCUGCAUAGGAAUUUGCAGAUAUUUGGCGGAUUCUUGGUCGCAAUAUUCGGAACUGCUGCCAUUGCCUCCAUUAUAACUAUUAAAAAAAGACAUAAUGUUAUCGGAUUGAUACUAUACAGUUUUACGUUCUUUGAGUUAACAUUGGGAUUAUUUACACUUUGGGGGCAGAAACGUUUCGAGUCUGUGAAUGAGGGCAUCCCAAGAUUUCUAAAGAGAGCGCAUCGUUAUGUUGGCGCGUCAAUGAUGGUAUUGGCGGUUAAUUCCAAUCCCUAUUGGAUUGCAUAUGUUAUUUACAUAUCGUUCGUGAUCCUACUGUUUUUGAUAGCUCAAUUAUGGCAAACAACAAAUGGUGGAUGUAUAUCCAAGCUCCAACGCAAGAGACCUGUAAGUGAAGCAAAGGAGACGUUACAAUGCCAUCUUGCAAAUGAGAAACUUGUUGGUCUACCCGAGUGGUCAUGGGAUGAAGUGAACGAACGAGUUCAGCGUGGGGCUUUUCUUGUUGUUUGUGAUGGCUUUGUAGCUGACAUAAGAAAAUGGAUUCACGAGCAUCCUGGAGGAACGAAAAUAUUGGAAAGAGUCGUAGGAACUGAUAUCACAAACGAUUUUUACAAUACUCACAAGCUUACUCAACAAGAAGACGAAGACGAUGGACAACAAGACGUACAAAUUUAUAGUCAUGAACAGCCAGCCCCAUUAGUUAGUCCUAUUUUGGGAAAAUACUUUCAACUCUGGCAGCACCACGAUAAUCAAUCCAGCCUCCGUCAACGCAAGGCGCUCUCCAAAGUGAUCGAUGCGACAAACGUGAAAUUGUUCCACAAAUUACGAUUACCGAUUGCAAAACAUACCCAUUCUGCAUUUGCCACAGUUCAGUUCUCAAAAAUGAUAGUUGCUAAAAUUGCCGAAGACCAUUAUUCAUUGGCUUCAGAUGAGGACUCUACUAGAUUCGAAUCGUACUUUCGCCCUCAGUCUCAUCCGUAUUUCGAACAAGACUUGGCUAAAAGUCUUGGAAGAAGAGUAUUUAGGCGGUAUCAACUGUCGGACAAGACGUGGGUUAAUGCUAGUGAGCAGUAUCCAGUGAUUAAAUUUACUUUCACCAAGAUACAUCAGUCAUGGAGGUUUACAGGGGAUAGAUUUUUGCCUGGGGAUUAUGUAGAAUUGCAAGCACGCGUAAAGGAGCAAGUAGUUGUGCGAUCAUAUACGCCAUUAGAGGGAAGAAUGUCGACAUCGUUUUCCAUUUACGUUAAAGUGUAUCCUACCGGUUUAAUGUCUCAGCAUUUGGUAAGGAUAUUUGUUGGUCAAUUGCUCGCUGUUAGAUUUCUUGAGCAAAAGAAACAACGUAUUGGCUACGAGGUCAAAGUUAGAGGACCGUUUGAUCUGGCUGACCGUGUGGGAUACUCGCAUCUAUCACAGAACGAACUAUCUACUAUAAUGGGAAGACGUCCUCGACUCCGCACUUCUACAAUGACGUCAGAAACAUCGGAAGCAUCUGUCCACAUGUUAUUGAAUUCCGAAAGUGCAGAUGGAUGUUGGGAUGAACUAUUCAUGAUAGCAGGCGGAACAGGCAUAACGCCAAUGUUGAUGAAAUACCAUCUGAAAAUGGUAGCAGCAAAUGCAGGCCGUAGAACUUCAAUGAAUCUUCUUUACGCCAAUAAUUAUGUGGAAGACAUCAUUGAUGGUCUUGAACUCGAGGGAUAUGCCGCCAGAAGUAAUGGGAUGUUAACGACUACCUACAUCCUUAACUAUCCGCCUGCAGAAGGAUGGGAAGGUCUCCGUGGACGGAUUACUCUUCACAUAUUACAGUCUUGGCUUAACCAUCAUGAUACGAUAAACAGACAGCGGUGGCGGCAGUCAUCACAGACGCCGGUUGCAACGUGGGAUAGGAUCUACAAUGACUAUGCUGUAAGUGACGCUUAUGGUCAUGCUGAAUGCAUCGAAGUCAACAAUACAAUGACCGAUACCCAACCUCCGCAAUCAACACUACUAGUCAACAAAAAUCCACAGCCUACUCGUAUCCAAUUGAGGGCACCAAGACCCCUUAGUUUUGUUCCGAUCGCGUCGCAUAACGACGUGCUUGGAACACCGUUAUCACCAUCAUAUAGCCCAACCGUACUGAAUAGAAACGUUCAAGCAGGGAGUAGUCCCUCUUGGACACCAACUGCUACUCCUAGUGUGGCGUCACCAUGGAUAAGUGCUUUUCAGAUACCAAAGUCGAAGAUUGUUGUGUGUGGGCCAGAUGGGAUGAUGACUACUGUAUUUAAUAUACUGAAGGAUCUGGGAUAUACGGAAGACGAUAUUAUUCUUUUAUGUUAA